UGUUGACGACGAACGUGUGACGCGUUGAAAUAGUUGCAAGCUGGAAAAGUAAUAAAUAAAUAAAAAUACAGAAUGUUAACGACGCCAAUGCACAAAAAGCGACGUGUAUGCGUUAUAGGAGCCGGCACCGCUGGACUCUGCGCCUUGAAGAACUCGUUGCAGCAAGGGUUUGAGGCAGUCGCCUAUGAACGUGGCACAGAGAUCGGUGGCACUUGGGUGUUUUCUGAGGAAAUGCCCAAAAGUGAGUACGAUGAGGUGCAUAGCAGCAUGUACAAGGGCUUACGCACAAAUUUGCCGAAGGAAGUGAUGGGCUAUCCCGACUUUCCCUAUGACAGUGCGAUAGAGGAAUCUUUUAUUAACGCCGAGCAGGUUCUGGAAUUUCUACGCGCGUACGCUGAUCACUUUAAGCUACAUUCGCAUAUCAAACUGCAGCAUGAGGUCAUCAGAGUGCGUCCUCGAUUAAAUGAUUGGGAGGUUUAUAUUUGGGAUCACAAUGCCAACACCUGUGAGCCGUAUUAUUUUGACUUUGUCUAUGUGUGCAACGGCCAUUACACGGAACCGGAUAUCCCUGAUAUUGAGGGCAUGCAAAUAUACGAAGGCCAGCAGUUGCACAGUCAUCUCUAUCGCAAGCCGGAUAACUUUAAAGAUAAAAACGUUUUGGUCUUAGGCGCCGGUCCCAGUGGCAUGGAUAUUGCAAAUCAUAUACGGACUGUUGCCAACCACGUGUAUCUUAGUCAUCAUUUGAAAACCGCACCGAACACAACCUUUAUGGGAAAUGUUACCCAAAAGCCGGACGUCGAGCGUUUCACCAAGGAUGGUGCCAUUUUUAAGGAUGGCAGCAGCGAAACCUUCGAGCAUGUCGUCUAUUGCACGGGCUAUGUUUAUACGUUUCCGUGCUUGAGCACAGAUGUGGGCAUCCAGGUUAUCGAUAACUUUGUGCAGCCUCUGUGGAAGCACUGCGUCAACAUCAACAACCCCACAAUGGCGUUUAUUGGACUUCCCUUCCAUGUGCUGCCCACGCAUACGUUUGAUCUGCAAGUGCGUUUUACGCUCAAGUACUAUUCGGGUGAACUGGAGCUGCCCACAAGGGAAGAAAUGAUAGCUGAGCUGGAGGAGGAGCAAGGCGAACGCUGGAACUGCGGCUUUUACAAUCGCAAGAAGGCUCACCAAAUGGCCGAGCGCCAGUUUGAGUACUACAAUCAAUUGGCAACUACAUCGGGUAUUGAGCGUAUUAAGCCUGUUAUGUUGAAUAUUAUGAAGGAAUGUAAGCAGAAAUAUAUUUAUAAUCUGGAUACAUAUCGCCAGCAGUGCUUUAAAAUUAUAGACGAUGAACAUUUUACGAACACGAAACUCUAAUAUUAAUUCCAACUUAUUGUAUAUCUCAUAUGUAUGUAAGCUUACACUUCUUUAAAGUUAAAUUUAUGUAAUAUACUGAUUUGUUAUGCUUAAAAUUAGUGAAGUACAAAUUGUAUGGAACAUUCUGGCCUUCAGACAGGUUUACUUUUGAAUAAAAAAAUGUUGUACAUGCAUUAAAUAUUUACAAUUAU